UAAAGCUUGAAUUCUUUCAAAUUCCAUUCUUCUUUUCUCUGUUAUCUUUGGAUUCCAAAUUCAAUUCUCGGGUUGGUUUCAAAGCAAUGAAUGCUACAAUGAUUACAAAGACUACCUCAGUCAAUCGUAGAAGACUAAGGAACUUAGUGAAUAAAAGUGAUAAUCGCAUUUGUGCGGAUUGUGGUGCUCCAGAUCCAAGAUGGGCAUCGUCGAAUAUUGGAGUGUUUAUAUGCUUGAAAUGUUGCGAUGUUCAUAGAAGCCUUGGCACACACAUCUCCAAGGUUUUAUCAGUGACAUUAGAUGAAUGGUCCAAUGAACAAAUUGAUGCGAUGUCUGAAGUCGGAGGAAAUUCGGCUGCUAAUGCAAUCUACGAGGCCUAUAUACCUGAAGGUUUUUCGAAGCCGGGUCCAGAUGCUGGUAUCGAGGAGAGGAAGAGAUUCAUCAGGUCCAAAUACGAGCUUCAGGAAUUUAUGAAAUCGAGUUUGCGGAUUUCAACAGGAAAGAGUUCUCCUUCUUUUAAAUCGAUAUUUUCUUCAAAAUUUAUGGAUAGUUUCCGAAUAAGGCCGACGGAUGAUGAGGAUGGUAAGGUAGAAUUUAUCGGCUUACUGAAGGUCACAGUGGUGAAAGGCACGAAUUUAGCCAUCCGGGAUAUGAUGACGAGUGAUCCGUAUGUUGUCUUGACUCUCGGGCAACAGACUAUUCAAACAGCUGUCAUUCCGAGCAACUUGAAUCCGGUUUGGGAUGAGGACCUCAUGUUGUCCGUCCCGAACAAUUACGGGCCUCUGAAAUUGGAAGUAUAUGAUCACGACAUGUUCUCGGCCGAUGACAUAAUGGGCGAAGCACAGAUCGAUAUCCAACCCUUGAUAUCAGCUGCAAUGGCAUAUGGAGAUCCAGAAAUGUUCGGCAACAUGCAGAUCGGAAAAUGGUUGAAAUCCGACGACAAUGCGCUGAUCGAAGAUAGCAUCAUUAACAUUAUCGAUGGCAAGGUGAAACAAGAUGUCCAGCUGAAGCUUCAAAAUGUUGAAUGUGGAGAACUUCAUCUAGAAGUAGAAUGGCUGCCUCUUGAUCAAUAAGUUUAUGCAUGUGUAUUUUAUGUAUUAUAUUCUUGUGGAGUCCUAAUUAGACUCUAAAAUUCAUGUAUUUUUGU